AAUAGAAAAAUAUUGUUCUAUAACACGUGAUUUUUAAUAAAAUAUUGAGUUGAAGUGCAAAAGAAAAAUAAGGGAAAACUUAUUUGUGUUGGGAACCUGUCUGCGGAGGAACCGCAAAAAAGUGGAAACCUGUGUAAUUAAUCGAUUUUACACACCCUACUGAUUGAAGUUAUUCUCUCAGGAAUUACAAAUUAACUUUUGAUAAAUUUAUUCAACAUCAACUUUAUUCAUCGUAGAUACAAAAGAAGAGAGUUUGGGACACGCUAUUUACAAUAAGUAAACACAGAAAAAUAUGCCUCUUUUUUCCAAGAAAACUCCAAAAACUGAAUCGAACCUUCAAAAUGACAACAACAACACAGCGAAUGGUAAACCAACCACAAAUGGAACUGCUGCAGUUGCUCGAGUCAGUGACCCAAACAUCACAAAGCCACAGUUAAUUUUUCAUUGCCAAUUAGCGCAUGGCAGUCCCACGGGUCUAAUAACAGGUUUCUCUAGUGUGCGAGAACUUUACAUCAAAAUUGCCGAAUGUUAUGAUAUGCCAGUUGAAGAUAUACUUUUCUGUACUCUCAAUUCGCACAAGGUCGAUAUGAACAAAUUACUCGGUGGUCAAAUAGGCUUAGACGAUUUCAUUUUUGCGCAUCGAAAAGGACGUCCCAAAGAAGUGGAAAUUGUAAAAACAGAAAAUGCAUUGGGUCUAACAAUUACCGAUAAUGGUGCUGGCUUUUCUUUUAUUAAACGCAUUAGAGAAGGUUCAGUUAUUGACAAAGUAGGACAUAUAUGUGUUGGCGAUCACAUAGAAAAACUUAAUGAUAUUAGUAUGGUGGGUAAACGACAUUAUGAGGUGGCACGUUUGUUGAAAGAAAUACCAACAGGAGAUACUUUUACAUUGCGCUUAGUUGAACCCAUGACAAGCGGAUUUCAAGGUAUCGGUCCACGUAGUCAAGCAAAAGGACCCUCAAAUCGUGGUUAUGGUAGCGGUAAAGAAACUCUACGGUUUAAAGCGAAUGGUAAUGCAGAAAUUGAAGACAAACCCGAUGAUUCAGCACAAUCUGGUAUCGAAGCCAUUAAUAAUUUACUAGAAUCAUUUAUGGGCAUAAAUGACAAUGAACUAGCCUCACAAAUUUGGGACUUAGGUGUUAAUCAAACAAAUUCUAUGGACUUUGCAGAAGCAAUCGAUAAUUCAGAUUUGGAGUCUUUCGGAUUUACUGAUGAUUUUAUUAUUGAACUUUGGGGUGCUAUAACCGAUGCAAGGCGUCUCAAAACUGAAAAGAAUUGAACUUGAAAUGUGUCAUUCCUAAAUCAUUUUAUAUUUAGUUUAAAAAAAACUCAUAGUUUUAUUGAGCUAUGUUAUAAUAGGUAUUACCGAUUUAUAGACAAACACUAUUUUGCCAGACAAUAAAAUAUCAAUUAAAUUUUA